AGACAUUGGUGGCCACGAUUAUUUAACACAGUGAGGUGCACAGGGUCCAUUUUAUCUGGGCUAGGCCCUAUAGGUUUGUCACAGACUAAUGGCCCAUCACUCUGAGCCAAUAUAGUAAUAAGGCAUGGUUUUACAUUUACAACAACGUUUCACCUCGAUUAUAUGACAUGCAAAUGUAGCCUAAUGUCUGGGAUAAAAUGUCCUUGUGUACUGAAACGCAGUCAAGCGUGGUUUUAAAGGCAAAUACUCUAUUCCAACAUGGAACAGGCCUUUAUGUUUGCAAAGAGGUAAAAAGGCGGAAAAGAGAGAGGAUCUGAACUGGUUUCCAUGUCAAACACUUCAAUUCUCCAUAGAAACUCUGAUCUUAACGCUGAAACUUUAUUAAAUCCUGAUGGUGGAAUCGAUAAGGCAGAAUUUCUAUCGGCUCCUUUUUAUUGUGGAGACAGGGAGGGAUGACAGAGGUAAAUUGCUCUUUUAAUUAAAGCAAUGCACCAAAGGAAAUUGCUGUCUGAAUAUUGUCUCAGAGAUGGAGCUUGUGACAGUUGCCUGGAAACUUCAAUCUGUCUCCCAUUUAUUCCAGAUCAUAGUUUUGAGAUAAAGUUUAAUAAAAAUCUUUACCCGAAUGAAAGCCAACCCUUCCAGAUCAACAGACACAAUGAGACAGAACUGCGGAGGAAACCUCAUGUUUAACAUGUAUCUCUCAGAUCCUUCAGAUAAUCUUCUGAAAGAGGCUAAAAACGCAUCAUGGAGCCCUAUGAAUACGGGAGUGCAAAAAGGAAGUGGACAAAUUCAGCUCUGGCAGUUUCUCCUCGAGCUCUUGUCGGACAGUUCCAACAUAUCGUGCAUCGCAUGGGAAGGCACCAACGGGGAAUUUAAACUUAUCGAUCCGGACGAAGUGGCCCGUCGAUGGGGUGAGAGGAAAAGCAAGCCCAAUAUGAACUACGAUAAACUUAGCCGAGCUCUCCGCUACUACUACGACAAGAACAUCAUGACAAAGGUGCAUGGAAAGCGCUAUGCCUACAAAUUUGACUUUCACGGUCUGGCACAAGUGUGUCAACCUUCGUCGACCGAACAAGCCUUUUAUAAGUUCCAGAGUAAUUUCACACCGCUGCCGUUUUCAGGCAUUUCCAAGCUCAACCUGAUGGCUCCAGCCGUUAGUCACUCCGGAUUCUCCUACUGGCCAGGCUCCCCGCCGACUCUUUACCACAGUCACAACUUGCAACCUUCUGGGCCCUUUGGCACCGUAUCUGCGCCUCAUAUCAGCUGCGUCAACAACAUCAAUAACUUAAAUAAUUUAAAUAAUAUUAAUAGUCCUUAUAAUUGAAUACCGUUUGAGUUAGAGAUGUGGAUUAGAUAAAAUUGCCUGGGUAAAGAGAAUGUAAAAGUUGUAACAAUACACGCAAAUUUCCUGCGGCACAAUAAAGACCUAUAUAACUUAAUCGAAACUGCCCAUCCAUCCUUAAGCAAUAUUUUGUAAUGACAUUUGACUCACUUAAAAACGACGAAUUGCCAUAAUGACAUUUAAACAGAAAUGUAGGCCUACUAAACAAUUUAUUUUAACUUGCAGAGAUGCGUGACCUAUUAGCGCCAUCUCAUGGCUGAAAAGCGCUAGGCCUACUUCGAAGAGGACGCGAGGACUGGUCUAUAGCUGCAUCCAAACUCUCUUUUAGACAACGACAAUACAUACAACUACUCGGCCAUUUGACAUGUUAUUGUAGGCCUGCCCACAAAAAGCGUAAGAUCGUUGCUAUUUUUCUGUAAUGUUCAGUUUACAGACAGAGGAAAAAUAUAGAUUUCAUAUUAAUCAGGGAGACCUUCAGGAAACGAUAGGCCUGUAGUUUUCAACUGGGCCUAUGGGAGUCAUUUUUUAUUACUCCGCUCAAUGAAAAUCAGAUGGUAAUAUGUUAGGUUACAGGUUGCUAGUGGUCCUCUAAUAGAAAGGGUGGAUGUAGAAGCCGUCAAGUUCUAUAGGAGGCAGUGCAGUCAUCAACCUAAAACCUAAAGAACAUUCAAACAAAAUGAUAAUAUAGGAUUCCUUUUCAAAUCAAUUAAAACAGCCUCCAGUUAAAAUAGCAUCACCGAAACCGACCAACACCAAUAGAUAGGCUAGACCCACCCAGAAGCGCACCAGGCCUCGUUGCGGCAUUUCUAAAAUGUAAAGUAGCCACCUUACUGGGUUACACUCCUCUUGCAAAACAAAUAGGAAGACAUACAGUUUGGAGCUUUACAGAACAUCUAAGAAGGUGUUCCCAUUCAUGGCGAUUUGCUGUCCAAUCGUUUUUAUUGUUGGACUUAAAGACUACGUUUUACGUAGCUCCGACACUGUUUAGGCUAUCAGUGGUAGCCUACCGCCUUUCUAAUAAGCCUCAUUUUCACUAUAAUGUAUUUGCUAUAUAGGCGACACGCAUUAUUUCAUUAGAGGCUACAGUUUAAUGUGCAGUUGGUGACAAUGUUUUUAACAAGCCCUCCUAUUAAAAAUAUGUGGCCCAUGCUAUUUUAAUGGUCUAUCUAUGUUCUAUGUUUGUGAUAUGUUUGGAGUAAAAGUUGUUUUAUAACGUG